AUGAAUAGAAUUAUUAAUUCUUCGGAUCAACUUGGUAAUUUUCGCGGCCAAGAUCACUCAUCUUCUGCUUCAACAGAAACUUCUAGAAAAGAAAAUAGAAACGGUACAUCUAUUUCCUCGAUACCAUCCGGUUCAUUAUCCAUUUAUGAUGAACAAUCAAAAAAUCCUACAACGGAUGGACGUGGAUCACGUACAGCUUCUGCUAGCACCAAAUCAAUUGUCACUGGUACAACUCUGCGCCCAUCAGCAUUGGCUUUCUCGAACCAACAAGCAGUCGAAUUAUCGGAAAGAGUUUCUGAACAAAUUAUUGCAGACAAAGCGGAAGUCAUCAAUAUGAUUGCCAACUACGCAGUCGAACCGUCGGAAAUGUUACAUCUUGUCGAACGUUGGAUACAGCGACUUCUUGGUGAAUUCAAACGACAAAGGGAUUCUUUUAAAUACCGACUGAGUGACAAAUGGCAAAACGAAGAACUACCCAAUCUUACUUACGAAAAUCACGAUCAUCUACGUCAAGUGUACGCCGCUUAUCGUGAUUUAGAACAAGCUCGUACGGGAGUACUUUCACAGAAAUCUUUCGAUCAGCUGAAUAAUUACGUCCAAGAUAUCAGUGAAAGUGAGACAGCAGCGAUGAAAGAGCGAUUUAAUCAAGUAGCAGAUCAUUAUUCCAAAGUUCUACAUGCUUUAGAAGUCAUCGAUAGAGAAGUUUACCAUAACAGCAGUGACAGUUUUAUUAGUGGUACGAAAAAAACCUUGGCCAAAUUGAAACAACUGAAUAAUAAAGAAACACACACGAUUUGUAUCGUUGGCUUGGAAAAGGCGGGGAAGUCAACAUAUACGAACGCACUACUUGGCUAUGAAUUAGUGCCAACAGCAGCCGAACGAUGCACACAGGUGCGUACUGUACUCAAACCGCCUUCUGGCGAUGUCGAUCAAUCGUUACUUGCCACGGUGAAAUUUUACGAUGAUGACGAAUUUCAAUUGUUCUAUGAAAAAAUGGUGAAGAAAACAGAUGAGACCGACGAUCAAUUUAAAGAACGACAGCGUCGAGUAAUGGUUGUCCGUGAAGAUUUGAAGUCGAAAUCAAAGUUUCCCGAGGAGCAUUUUCGUGUCGACAAUCUAAAUGGUUUCGAAACGGACCGCUCAGCCAUCUGCCAUGAAUUGCGUGAUUAUAUUACCGAUGAAGUUUACUGCAAUAUUAUCAAAGAAAUUUCUAUCUAUUCAAAUAAAUUACGGGGACAGAAUUAUGAACUUCUCGAUGUUCCUGGCUUUGACUCUCCGAUAAAAGAGCAUCGUACAGCUGGACUAGACGCAGUUAAAAACGCUGAUGCGUUCGUUUUUCUCACUAAUGGACAACAGCCGAACUUGACACAGCCACAAAUUCGUCUUCUAACCGAAAUCCAGCAGAAUCAUUUUGAAGCAAUGCAACGUGCUUUUGGAAUUAUCACAAAACUUGAUCUCUGUCUAACUCCAACGACUUAUGCAGAUCACCACGAAAAAGCGGUCAAUGAACUAAUCGCAAAGAAAUUCAAACGAGACCAUAUUUACGUCGCCUGUCCUCGCAUAGAAUCGGUGAGAGAAGAUUCCGAUGAAUAUGAUGCUAUUGAUCGAAAACUGAACACAUUUGGCGAAGAUAUACGCCAUGGAUUUGAACGAAGCAAGGACGCAUUGAAUAAAUUCAUCGAAUAUGAACUUCCGAAAACCCAUCUGAAACAGCUGAUCGAAUUAGGUCGAGCGCGAUUAUGUCACUCGGUGAUCGAACGGCUAAACCUUAUUCGAGAAAAACGUCUAAUUCCGGUUGGUUUAGUUGAUGUGUCAAUCGACGAUUACAUUCAUCAACAAAAAAUGGAAAGUUGGGAUCAGAUUUACGAAACAAAUAUCUUUCAACCCGCUUUCGAAAAAGCGAAUGAUUGGCAUUCGAACGUGGUUACAUCAGAGCGUCUGAAGUUCAUCGAGGACGUUCGGCAAACAUUCCACGAUACAUUUCGUGAAAAAACGAAACAGUUCCUCAGCUCGACUGAAGAUAUUCAACGACAAUUGCAUCAAACAUACACCUAUACCAAACUUCAAUUGAACCCUCAUCAGCUCGACAGCGACAUUCGUGAACAGUUGUGUUUCGCGUUAGAACAGAUUGUCGACGACACUUCAGAUAUUUUAGCAAAACACUUUUACGAUCAAUAUGUUUGUGGAUUGGAAAGCAUCAUCCAUAAAGCUUGUCCAUAUCUAAAAGAUUUAUACCGAGCACAUUUAACGUUAGAAAGAUGCAUGCAUGAAACGCAUGCCAUGAUUUUAAGAAUAUGUCGACCGAUGAUCAUUGCCACCUUACGCUACUCUCAUCUGGAUUCAGAGGUGAAAACAAAUGCCAUAACAGAAUUCAUUUACGUUGCGCCUACGGUUGCGUACAACAUCGCGUGUACAACUGGUCAACAGGGAAGCAAUAGCAUAGCUGAAACGAACAUCUGUAAAUCGAUACAAUUCCUAAUUAACAAUAACGAGAUGACAACAAAGAUUAUACGAACAUUGUUCAAUAUCAAAGAUUGA